AAUACCGGCAUACGAAUGACGUCAUCAUCACGCGCCGUGAUAGCAACAAGCAUGGCUGUACAGAACAGUUCGCUAUUCAAAUUGCAGUCUUUAAAUGGUAUAUUUGCCAUUUAUAAGAAACAGGGUCCCACCUCCGCGGAUGUGUUAAACUCACUGAAGAAGGCGCUUUUAAAAGAGGCAGGUGUUGCCAAUCCCAAUCCUCGCAAGAGGAAGAAGCAACCUUUAAAAAUUGGCCAUGGUGGUACCCUGGACAGCAAUGCUUCUGGUGUACUCGUGGUUGGAAUUGGUGAAGGAACAAAGAUGCUCACCACAAUGCUUGCAGGAUCAAAGAAAUACAGAGCUGUUGGAGAGUUAGGCAAAGGAACUGAUACGCUUGAUGUCACAGGAAAUGUUGUUGAAGAGAAGAGUUACGAUCACAUCACAAAAGAGGCUUUUGAGGGGAAGCUGAAGCAAUUUACGGGUGAAAUUAUGCAGGUUCCACCUCUAUAUUCAGCACUGAAGAGGGAUGGCCAGCGCAUGUCUGUCCUGCUCAAGCAAGGUCAAGAGGUUGAGGCUAAACCUGCACGUCCAGUCACAGUGUACAAUCUCUCUUUACAGGAUUUCAGCCCGCCAUAUUUCACCAUAGAUGUUGAGUGUGGAGGUGGGUUUUAUGUCAGAAGCUUGGUUGAUGAUCUUGCAAAAGCACUGUCAUCCUGUGCUCACAUUAAGGAACUCACUCGGACUAAGCAGGGUCAGUUCACCCUGGAAGAGCACGCAUUGAAGGAGGAUCGCUGGACAUGGACCGAUAUCUCACAGGCUCUGCAGCCCUGCCCAGAGCCAUCGGGGCAACAGAAGCAUGCCAAGAAAGAAAAAUCAAAGCAUAAACCCACCCCAUCUGAAUCUGGGGGUGACAAUGGAGAUAAAAACGAUUAAAGGUGAUAAAACGACCCAUCUGAUACACAAAUUCCAUUUGCAGUGAGAGAACUGUAGGAAAUUGCCUGGUACACUCUGAUUUGAUCUGGCCUCUAUUACCAUCCAUGUGUAUCCAUCUUCAUGGCCAAGUGAGGAUAAAACAGGAUACAUUAUUAAUGCAUCUGAAUUCACUUAAUGAAAAAAUAAAUAUGUACUUGAAAGUAGUUAUUUUGUUUGUUAAUAAAUGUCUAUGUCAUUUAAUUUCUUUUCUCCAGCUCAGUAAAUGUUCUAGUCUUUUACGUGUUAUUUACAUGUUAGGUAAAAAACAUAACAUUUAUAAUAGAAGCAAUACAUAACGUCAGAUUAUUGCAGUACUCAUGUAUUGGAAAAUAGCAAUAAAUUACACUAUUGUUCAAAUGUUUGGGGUUGGUAAGAUUUUUUGUUUCAGAAAGAAGUCUCUAUAAUAACUAACAAGACUGCAUUUUAUUUGUUUAAAAAAUACAGUGAAAACUCUAAUAUUGUGAGAGAUUUUAAGAAAGUUUUUUUAAUGAAAUAUUAUUCCUGUGAUGGCAAAGCUGAAUUUUCAGCAGCCAAUACUCCAGUCUUCAGUGUCACAUGAUCCUUCAGAAAUUAUUCUAAUAUGUUGCUUUAAAAACAUUUCUUACUAUUAUCAUUUCUGAAAAUGGUUGUGCUGCUUAAUGUUUUGUGCAAACUUUGAUACAUUUUGUUCUUUUUCCCCCCCUUUAUUUUCAAGAGUUUUUGAUGAAUCAAAAGUUUAAAGGAACAACAUUUUUUAAAAUAGAAUCUUUUUGUAACAAUGUAAAAAUCUUUAUUGUUGCUUUUGAUCAAUUUAAUGCAUCCUUGAUGAAUAAAUGUAUUCAUUCCCAAAUCUUUGGAAAGGUAG